AUGCUCCGUCGACGCCAACAGGCUGCGACGACAGCCGCUGCAGAUCCUACCGACGCCUAUAAAAAAGCGAUGGAAUCUGCUGCUACGGAACAAAGCCCGCUGCUCGCGAGCGAUGGACCAGAAUCCAACGCGGCCGGCGAGCAGCAUCCGACCACCAUGACCUGGAGUCAUCGUAACAAAUGGAUUCUAUACGCCGUCGCGAGUGGCGCUUGCGCUGCACUGAACGGAGUAAUGGCUAAGUUAACUACCACCGAACUCACUUCGAGCUUCUCUCAAAGUAUAGCACGAGUGCUUGGCAUGUCCGCAGUUGAAGGCAUAGUUGAAGCUGUUCUACGAGCUGGUUUCUUUGGUCUGAAUCUGGUCUUUAACGGUGUGAUGUGGACACUCUUCACUCAGGCACUUGCUAAAGGAAAUUCAACGACUCAGGUGUCCAUUAUGAACACCUCCUCCAACUUUGUUUUGACUGCACUGCUUGGUUUGGUCAUCUUUUCCGAAUCGCUUCCGCCUCUCUGGUGGCUUGGCGCUUCAAUGCUGGUUGCUGGCAAUGUCAUCAUUGGACGCAAGGACGAGAGUUCCCCGAGUGGAGCUGCGGCAUCAAGUAACGGGGCCGAGUACGAAGCAAUCCCGCAGGUCGACGUGGUGCUUCCCGCAGAGGAUAAAGACGAUGAGGACAUCCCAGAGCUUGAGCAGCUUAUCGUACGCCCGGCAGCCUUAUCGCCCACAAUUUUCUCCACGCUACUUCCAGGGCUUGUGAGCGGGACGGGAACUUUCAUCCCGCCGCCACUUGAACCGCCCGGCGCAUUACACCGCGACGUGCUAAAGAUACCUGGACGCGACAACCCAUGCGUCAACGGCGGCAACGGCGAAUAA